GAGGGUGAUGGACGCAGGAAUUAUAGAGAUGUUAGAGAUUUUGGAUUGUGUGUGACGCGGUGGUCAUGGCUUUGUUGUACCCGCAAUCCAUCCAUCAUAUAUAUGUCCCGUGCUUCGCACUUCUUCAGAAAUUCGCAGUUUCUAGAAAUCACAUAUAAGUCCCUGUUUGGUUUCAUCAGAGUCCGUCCUCAAAGAAACAUGGUUUUGUUUGCCUUUUGGCUUUCGUUUCUUUUAAUCUUACCGUGAUUUUGUUGUUGUUUCUGGGUUUCCUUGUUGGUUUAAGGUUAAAGCGUCAGCGUGUUGUCUUUUCUUAAAGUGGGGUGGUCUUGAGUUUUCUUCAAGACUCGGUUUAAUAGGGAAAGAUACAGAGUUGCCAUUGUUUACGUAACAUUUUCUGGGGUUGCAACAUUGUCUGUUUUGAAUUUACAUUGUUGCUUAAGUCACUGUUUGUUGAAACACACAGAUUGUUAUGGAGCGGGUAAAGAGACAGCUAGAUUGAGAUUUUUGCGGGGAAAAAUAUUGGUGUUUUAACGCUAAAAUAAAAAUGAAGACUUUUGACUCUUCUUUGUUGGGGUAAUUUGCGUUUCAAUUAUCUUUCUUCUCCCUUAAAAGAAAAAGAAAAAAAAAAAAGAUUUUUCCCAAUAGUUUCUUAACUUCUCUUUUUUCUUCUCUCUCUCUCCCUCUCUCUCUCUCAUCUGGGUUCUCAUUGUACGGUUUGGCUGGGACUUGGGAGAGAAACUGAAACUCAUCCUUAGUUCAUUUCCUUCUGUUCUUCUGACUGACACCAUGAUUUUUGCUAAAGGGUCAAUGCAAUCUAAGUCUAACCUUGAUUGCUUCCUCCGGUUUACCACACCGGUGGUACCAUCUCUGUCUCUUCCCAAGCACGAGAUUAGAAAUUUGAAUCGUUUGUGGCACCCGUGGGAGAGAGAAGCAGUUGAAUAUUUCACUUUGGGUGACCUUUGGAAUAGCUUCCACGAAUGGAGUGCUUACGGAGCUGGUGUUCCUAUCACCUUGGCCAAUGGGGAGACCCUUGUGCAGUACUAUGUGCCUUACCUUUCUGCAAUUCAAAUUUUCACCAGCAACACUUUCAGGGAAGAGACUGAGUCAGGGGAGUGUGAGACAAGGGAUUCCUACAGUGAUUCUUACAGUGAAGAGAGUGAGUGUGAUAAGCAAUGGAGAUGGGAUGGAAGUUCAUCAGAAGAGGGAGGAUCUGAGCAAGAUUGCCUUUGGCAUUUGAAUGACCGAUUGGGUCAUCUCUAUUUCCAAUAUUUUGAAAGAUCAACUCCAUAUGGGAGAGUCCCUCUAAUGGAUAAGAUCACUGGGUUAGCAGAAAGAUACCCUGGCUUGAUGUCACUAAGAAGCGUUGAUCUUUCACCGGCAAGUUGGAUGGCAGUUGCUUGGUACCCAAUUUAUCAUAUUCCCAUGGGAAGAACAAUUAAAGAUCUUUCAACAUGCUUCCUCACAUACCACACGCUUUCAUCUUCAUUCCAAGAUAUGGACCUUGACGAUGAUACUGAGGGAGCCCACGAGAAGAGAAAAGAUGGUGAAGGGAUAUCGCUGGCAGCAUUUGGUUUGGCCACGUAUAAGAUGCAAGGGAAUGUGUGGGUCUCUGGCAAUUGUGGUAGGGACCAAGAAAGGCUGGUUUCACUAUUGAGCGUGGCAGACUCAUGGUUGAAGCAACUAAGGGUCCAACAUCAUGACUUCAAUUACUUCAUGGGCGUUCGGCAUGGCUAAAACAAAUUAAUGCACUACUUUACAAAUUGACCGCUAAAAUCCUCUUUUUCCGGCUAUAUUUGGUUGUUGUGUCCCUGGAUGGACCAUUAAUUGCAUCUUUCUCUUUUUCUUCUUGAGAAAUGAGGAAAUUUUAGUUUUAUUUUUAACCCUUUAGGACACACCCUUGUAAGAUUCCAGAGAAAGGGUAACUGAUAGAUGAAUUGACUCCUUUGUAUCUAGAGAAGUAGGUGAGACUACAUAGAACUUUGAACUUGGAUUGUGUAUCACUUUAUUUCUAUUGACCAUGACCAUGACCAUGACCAUGAUAGUUAAUGGGAUGGAUGAGGUGAGAGACGUGGAAUGUUUCUGUAAAUGCCACCCUGCCACUGGCUAUUGUUUGCAAAUAGAUAAGCAUCCCAUGAUACAACAUUUCUUUAUCAUUGUUGUUUUGGUGGCAAGAAAUAUUAAUUUUUAAUUAAAGAAUGGUAUAUCU